AUGCCUCGUCAAUUUCCGGCAAAAUUUGAUGACGUUUACAUAGCGCGAUAUUUCUACGACGAGUUCAUACCACUCUGGAACAAUUCUGGAAUGAGUGCCAACGUGCGGGAGCUCAUUAAACGACACUCUGAUUAUAAUAUUUGGGUGUGCUUUUUUUUUAUUACUGGGCAUUCGCUGGGAGGCUCAUUAGCGUCGUUAGCAGCACUCGACAUUGUUCAUUCUGGUAUGGGGAAUAAUAGCACAAAAGAUAGGAUACAUUUGGUGACGUUUGGUCAGCCAGUGACUGGAGAUCAUAAUUUUGCAGAUUUUCUUAAUAAACAGGUUAAUUAUUCCUACCGAAUUGUUCACUACAGCGAUCCCGUCGUUUAUUUUCCUAUAAUAGGAUACGAGCACCAGGAAGCAAUGGUUUACUACGAUAAGGUUAUGGACACUAAGUAUAUCAUUUGUACAGGUGCAAAUAUACUUUGUUUUCUCUUUCUUUGCAUGCUAUUGCUACCGUUCCAGGCGCCGAAAGAAGGAAAUGUUGCGAUUCUUCGUGCUUUUGGUUUUGGCUCUUUCCCGAAAGCUGGUACCAUUAUCACUAUUUUGGCAAAGAUGUCUUUGAAUUUGGCAAAUCUGGUUGCAAUUCAACAGUGCUACCGCGUUGAUUUUUCCUUUCGCCUUUCCAUCGAGCACCCAUGUUGCCGAACAUUUUCAUUCGUCUACUUCUGGAUUUUCUUCUGGUACAACGAUAAAGACUCAGCUACUUUCUAUUAG